ACCGGGAUCGUGUUUUGACCUGUCACAGUGGAAACAUGGCGCUGCACAUGAGCCGAUCCUGCAGGAUGGAGUAUGUUCAGAUUGCCAGGAGGCUGCUGUUGGAAACAUGGCAACGGAGUGGUUGGCGAUCCCAUCAUACCUCUGGUACAUCUCUGAAAUACAUCCCUCGGCGAGCCGUCCUCUACGUACCAGGCAACGAUGAGCGCAAGCUCAGAAAGCUGACCUCGCUGGACGUCGACUGUGCUGUGCUAGACUGCGAAGAUGGCGUUGCCCUUAACCAGAAGACAGCAGCACGGGAGACAAUCCCAAAGAUGCUGGCAGAGCUGAAUCUGGGGCGCACAGAGAAGUGUGUGCGGGUGAACUCUGUGUCCAGCGGCCUGGUCGACUCUGAUCUGGAGGUCAUUCUGCAGGCAGAGGUCCUUCCCCCAGCACUUAUGCUGCCAAAGGUGGAGGAUACUGGGGAAGUACAGUGGUUUGUUGACAGGUUUCAGCGGCACUUGAAAGGCCGGAAGCUGAUGGAACCUAUUCGCCUAGUCACCUUUGUGGAAACUGCUGUGGGGUUGUUGAAUUUUAAGGAUGUGUGUGAGGAGGUUCGCAGACUCGGCCCAAAGGUUGGUUUACAUCACGACGGAGUAGUUUUCGGCUCUGAUGACUUCUGUGCCAGCAUAGGUGCAACAAGGACAAAAGAUGCCAGAGAGCUACUGUAUGCUCGGCAGAAAGUGGUAGUUACCACCAAAGCCUUUGGGCUACAGGCCAUCGAUCUUGUUUACAUCGACUAUAAGGAUACAGAAGGGCUGCGGCAGCAGGCCAGAGAGGGCGCACUAAUGGGCUUUACUGGAAAGCAAGUCAUCCACCCGAACCAAAUCAAGACUGUGCAGGAGGAAUUCUCGCCCAGUCCUGAGAGAAUCAAGUGGGCCACAGAGUUAAUCACUGCCUUUGAGGAGCACCAGAAGCUGGGGAAGGGUGCUUUCACCUUCCAUGGCAGCAUGAUUGACAUGCCAUCACUGAAGCAAGCCCAGAACAUUGUCACCUUGGCCUCAGCCGUCAUGGGCAAAUGAGCCAAACUGGGCACCCAAAUCUGUCACUGUGCAGGACAUUGGAUAAAAAAAUCAGUUAACCUUAGGCAGACACGUGCCCUUUUAGACCAUUAGCUGUGGCUCAUCUACUGCUCUAUAAGCUUGGCAAAGCUGCAUGGUCUGAUGGGAUUGUCUGCAAUGUCAAAGAAGUGAUUCAUACAGUUGGGAUCUCUGUAAUUAAUGUUUGUGCUUCAUCUUGAUUUAGAACAAAAUAUGUGUUAAAAAGAAUGAGAACUUGUUAGAUAAACCUGACAAUGUUUAUUUUGUGUGAAUGUGUUUCUCUUUGUGUAUUUAUGCCUGCCUGCCUGCUUAAGGUCAGCUUGUGAGCCGGGGUUUGACGUGCCUGGCAAAAGGGCAAACAAACACUUGUUUCUCCAUUCAUCCUCGAGGCUCCUUCAGGCUCAUCCAGUUCGCAGCACAUCAAAGCAGCUUUUGCCAAAGAGCUGCAGUAAAUGUCCUUAAACCCACAGUGAGAAGAGAGCCUGCGGCCCAUUCCAAACUGCAGGCCUUUGUUUAGCAGGGCACUCCUGGCCGCUGAAGUGGGGGGCAUGAAUACGUCUUGAAACAAGCAUCAACUCAAGGCUGACCUGUGUGGCAACAUGACUCACUUACACACACUUACUCGCUCGCUCUCAAAAACUAAUACACACUCAACAGUGUGUGUCCACUCUGUAAGUAAAUAGCCACAAUUUUUUGAAAAUUUGCACUGCUUUGUUUUUCUAGCCUAGUGGCUUGCAGAGUGGUGUACUCCAUCCAACUUCUCAAAAGUGAAGUAACCGGAUGUCAUUUGAAAUAAAUUGUUUGUUUAACUUGUUUUUUUUUUUCCCAUGGAUGUCUUCUUCACUUAGAUGCCAGUCUUUUGUCUCAUACAGCUGAUAAGGUCUUGGCAAGCUGGUCUAAAGGGGUGGGAGCCUGAGAACAGGGUGGAGCGGUGGGAUGGUUAAUCGUUCAGUUGGUCACUAUGGUGACAUUUUAACUGGAUGUGGUAUGAUCAAUCAUGUCUGGUGAGGGAACUUCAGAUUGCAGCCCGACUGAAGGACAAAAAUAAUGGAGACCGCUGCUUUGACCAACUGACAGAGCAGACAGUAAGCUGCUUCUCUGGCACUUGGCCCACACUUUUACCCCAUACCCUACCAAUUACCCAUUGUCAUUUUAAAUGUACUAAUGAUUUGUAUGUUGGUCUUUUUCAGUCUUAUAUUCUAAACUCUUUUCUUGAGUUAAUGAUGAAGGGGGCUUGGUGGCAUGUUGGCCAUGGUUGCAUUUCCCACGCAAAGACAAAAUAAGUGUGAGUGAGUUCUUCUGGGCAUUAAGUCAAACAGCCAACGGGUUUCAACUAGAAAUGCAAAUGGAGUUGUGAUUGGCCAAAUCAUUACUAUAUAAUAUUUUCUCAAGUUUCUUGAUUAAAGACUGGAUUGCUGAUUGUUAUGGAUACAUACGAAUACUGUAUAUACCAGGAACCAGAAAAAAUAACAAUACUUCACCUUAGGAUUUUGGUGACACUGAGCUGUUGGAUCAUGUCAGGAGAAAGUCAUGAUACUGACCUAUCUACAGCAUACUUUUUAUUGUAUGUUAUGUUUAUAUAUAGCUGGUAAGUAUGGCCAAAUGUAAACAGUAUGUAAACACGGGACUAUGAGCUUGUUGGACAUUUUAAAACCAUGGUCAUUAAUCUGGAAUUAACCCCUUUCCCCACAUUUUACACAAAAUUGGUGUUAUGCACCAACUUAUCAUGAACUGUAAAGUGUAUUUAAAAUGUGCUAGUAGAUUUGAUCCUUUAAUAUCCAUAUUGUUGUAAUGCAUUAUGGAAAGGUCACCUGUUUUAACCCAGGGAAUAAAUGAAUGUCCCAAUUUUAAUAUAUUUCUGCAGUACAAAUAAGAGGAGGUAUAACAGAAGAGAAUAAAGCUGAGACUUUUGGUCUAAUUGAAAGCUUUUGUAACCUGUUUACCCCCUGGGACAUGCACCACCCCAUUCAUAUAAUUACCCACCUACCCAAUGUUAAAUAAAUCUUCCAUUUUAGAUUUUUUAGGCUUAAGCCACCAGAGAGUUUUCCAGGUGUUGUCACUGUCAUUUGAUUUUUUUUUUAUUGUCGUAGUAAAAAUGUUUGUGUUUUCAAAUAUUAUUAUUAUUAUUACUACGACUAUAAAUACAUUUAGUGGUAAUCAUACUGUAAAUCAUUGUGUCUUAAGGGGAAAUGUUUUUUUCACUGCCAAUACACUGAUAAACGUUACAGCACCUAGUUUUUUACAAUGAUUCCUUGGAGUUUCUUUCCCUUUUUAAUUGUUUUAAGAUGUUACUACACCAAUGUGAGGUAUUUAAUAAAAUAUAUCUAAUUUGUACCUGUA